AUGAGCAAUAACUUCAAGAAAGGCGGAGGAGGGAGGAGGCUGGAAGGCGGAGGGAAGGGAAGUGGCUUCUGGUCGCCCUCACUCACAUUCCCAUUCACCUUUGCCACCUCAGAGACCACAGCCCGCAGCUGCUGGGGCUGGGUUGCAGGGCGGGAACGUCCGCGUCCCUCUUAUCCAACCGCACCACUCCUCUCCAAGAUCCCCGGAAGCGAGCUAGGAGAUCCCCCCGGAGCGGACAGAUCCUCUCUCCAUCUCGUUGCACCUGGGCUCUCCUUCACCUCCGCAGGUGUGAAGAUUCUUAUUUGUGCUUACACUGCUGCCACCAUGACAGGCUUCCCAACCCCACCUCCCCCAAAAGCAGAGGAACUGAUGUCCACUCCACUCCAACAAGCCACUGAAACCCUGACCCCUACAGCUGUUGCCAACACUGCAGUCAUUGCAGGUGUUAUCACAGUGGUCUUCAUCACCCUGUUCUCAGUACUGAUUGUCAUCAUCAUUUACCUGUACAAGAAUAAAGGCAGCUAUUUCACCUAUGAGCCCGCAGAAGGAGAAGCCAGUGCAACUCUACAAAUGGAGGGUGAUUCGGUCCAAGGGAAAAAGGAGGAAUAUUUUAUCUGAUGAUUCCCAGGCACCCAAAGAACUCCUUUGGUCUCAAAAUGAAAGACUAAGUGCUUAAUUUAUUAGGUGAAAGAUGCAUCUAAAGCCACAGAUAGGUGAUGAUAACGGACAAGUCUGUGCUCUCUCCAGGUCAAGAUCUAGGGACACUUCCAACCUGAGUACCCACAGCAGAGACCUAGGGGACAAAGGGAAGUAGUGAAAGCAGAUUAUGAUACCUUUAGCUAGACCUCUGCCAUGGAUCUUAAGAACUAGACAGGGUAGGACUAAAUACUGGGCAUGUGGGCAUUUACCAGUACUCUUGUAUUUAUCCUAUACUCUUAUUUGGUGGGGGAAUAGUGAUGGAUGUCGCCCAAUCCCACUCUGCCUCUGGGCUGCAUUAUGUAACUCAUGAAGAAUCCUAAUUACUGGUCCCAAAAAGUUAUUUGGCAUCCUUAUAACUAUUGCAGCAACUUGGGGAGGGGAUGUUGCGGUGAUGGUGGUGAUAAUACAUUAGCUGACCUGCUGGGAUCUGAUACAUACCCUUUCUUCAAUUUCCCUUCUCAGGGGACUUCCGAGCCCAUUUUCUUAUUCCCAGUCUAAUGUUGUAUUUGUGAUAUUUUUUUAUCAGAAUUAAAAUUUUUCAUUACAUGAGA